AUGAAGAUUCAGUGCAACGUGUGUGAGUCGGCCGAGGCCGGUGUCCUCUGCUGCGCGGACGAGGCGGCGCUUUGCUUGGCCUGCGAUCGGAGGGUUCACGCCGCCAAUAAGCUCGCCAUUAAGCACCAAAGGGUCCCCUUGUCUGACUCGUCUGUGCCGGCACCCAAGUGUGAUAUCUGCCAGGAUUCCUUGGGUUUUUUCUUCUGCCUUCAAGACCGCGCUUUGCUAUGCCGAAAAUGUGAUUUGUCCAUACACACUGUAAACCCAGCAGUUUCCACUCACCGGAGGUUUUUGCUCACCGGAGUUCGAGUUGGCCUUCCCUCCGGAGAAGAUGUUUCAUCCUCGUCCAAGGGGAAAACACAUUCUCUCUCUACCGGCCAAACCCCAGGACGAAAGCCUCGUUCUUUUACUAAUAUGCCCCCACCACCUUCACAGUCGCCCGGUCAGCAGGUCCAGUCAGACGGGCAAAAUAUCGGGAAUAUGGCCGAGCAAGGUAAUAAUUUGGUCGGGGACUUCACUUCGACAAUGUUGACUUAUGCUGGAGGCUCGGUUUCGGAUGGAAAUAAUCCGGCUUGGCCGUUGGACGAGUUUCUUGACCUUAGUGGGUACAAUAAUUUCAUGGAUUCAGGCUCGUCGAAGGUGUGA